GGACACGGCAGGGAGACUACGGGGAGAGACCACGGAGAGGAGACACCGCGGGGGGAGACACCGCGGGGAGGAGACCGCGGGGAGACACAGCGGGGGGACCACGGGGGGAGACAACGGGGAGACACCGCGGGGAGACACGGUAGGGAGACCACGGGGGGACACUGCGGGGAGACAUCGCGGAGAGGAGACACGGGGAGACACCGCCGAGGGGAGAGACCACGGGGGGAGACACGGCGGUGAGAUCACGGGGAGGAGACAACGGGGAGACACCGCGGGGGGACAUCGCAGGGAGACACCACGGGGGGAGACGGGGAGGUCGCACGGCGGCGAGGAGGAGGAGGAGGAGACGUAGAAGUGGAUCGCGUCGUCUGCUCCUCGCGAUUUUGUGAAGGCGGCGCCAUGAACUCGCCCAGCUGCGCGGCGAGGAGACGCGGCCAGAGAGCGGCGCAGAGGCGGCCCCUGCGUUCGCUACUUCGACAAUGAGUGUAGUAGUCGAGGCAACUCCGAUCCUUACGGGGGAGAACGGUGCGGUCCCUGGAGGUGGUGACGCCACUCGCAUAUCAACUCGCACUCACCCCGUGCCCACUUGUGAAACCACCGAACCCCCCGAGCACCCGGGGGGUAGCACGGGGGGUGGGUCCGCAUUGCACGGAGACAAAGAACAUGGGGGAGACACAGGACACGGCGGAGACACGGGACACGGCGGAGACACGGGACACGGCGGAGACACAGGACACGGAGACACGGGACAAGGAGAUACGGAACUCGGGGGGCAUGAUGGAGAUGAGGGCGAUGCGGUCCUCGCCGUCCUCACCGGGGAUCCGUCUGGAGACCUCGUCGGGGACCUCGUCUUUGAUUCUGAGACAACGGGGGUACCCUCCUCCUGCCUGGUCCCCACUGCCCCCGUGAUCCACGGCCUGCCGCCCCCCUCGUGUCCCCUCGGCACGGACCCCGACGGCCACGGUGAGUUGGAGGCCGCGGCCGUCCCCCGCUCCUCCUCCCCAGGGGAGCCGGCGUCCGCCUCCCUCCCGUGCCCCCCCGUGUCCCCUCCCCCGUCCCCGCCUCCGAGUUCCCCCGCACCCCCCACGGCAAAGCCCCGGGGGGGCGCCCUGCAGCAGGGGCUGGCGUUCCUGCGCCGAUCGCUGCGGCUUGACCGGGCGUUCCAGCGCUCCAGCAAGCACAAGCACGGCGCCGGGAGCGGGGGAGGCGGCCUGCUCACCUAUGCGGCGCAGUUCCCCCCGGAAUGGUGGCCCAUGCUGGGGGAGCUGCCCACCACGCAGCACCAGCUUCAGCAGCAGCAGCAGCUUCUAGGGCAGCAUCUGCACAACGCGAACCAGCUGCGCAGCGUGUCCCUGCUGCGUCUGGCGGUGGCGGGGGAGGGCAGCAGCGGCGGCAAUCCGGCAGCGGCGCUGGUGCUGGUGGUGCCGCGUGCCGUGGAGCUGGAGAUCGUGCGGCGAAUCAACCCGCAGCUCACGGAGGAGAACGUGGCGGCGCACGCGCGCGCGCUGGCGCACGCCCACGCGGCGCAGCCUUUGCCGCCAACUGCCAACGCCAAUCAGCAGCGGCAGCGUGGCGCCGCCACCGCCGACGACGGCGGAGGCGGCCGCCCCGGCGGAGCCACCGACAAUGACCCCCCGCCCGCCGGAGAGCUCCACUCCGACCUCAACGCCAAUGGCGAGGCGGGCGCGGACGGCGAGUGGGGGCACUACCGGCGCUACCAGGAGCGGUGGCGGGGGACCGGUCGGCGCUGGCGGGGGUCCCUGCGGGGCGGCUGGACGGACAAGUCGAGUCUGGGCCCCGGCGUGUCGGACGCCCAGACUUGCGCCACCCGCGCCAGCGGCACGCGGGGGCCCGACGACGACGACAAUGACGAUGUGGGAGGAGGAGUGUUCCACGAGGGCGGCCACGCGGAUGAGGUGUCCUCCACCACCUCGUCAUCGUCCUCUCUGUCCGAUUACGAGCGAUACCACCGCCACCACCACCGCCACCACGAGGGGCGGCACCAUCGGCGACAGCAGCAGCAGCAACAGCUGGGUCCAAGCCACCACCAGAAGCAGAAACACGAACAGCAUCAACACCACCAUCACCACCACCAUCACCAUCGGCAGCAGCAGCCGCUGACGUCUUCGCAGGGACGCGUGUCUCCUCCUCCUCCCCGCGUGCGCCCACGCGAGGCGACGGCGGCGGCUCCGCCGUGCCCCUCCGCGCCAACCCCCCACCACGCGGCGGGGCCGCCCCCGUCGCGGGCACCGCCGCUGCCGCCCAUCGCGGGCAGCCCCGUGCCGCCCCCGUGCCGUCCCCGCCCGCCCUCGCGCGACGCCAGGUCGGAGGGCCGCUCCCACGGGAGGUCGCGCGACAAGCGGCCUCGCGGGGACCACCGGGCCCACGACCCCGGCCCCGAGUGGCCGAGUGGCGGGGCCGCCACCGGCGGGUCACGUGACCCGGAGCGCGGGUCACGUGACCCGGCGACGGUCGGGGCUGCGGUAGAAGAGAGGAGGUCGAGGGGUCACGGAUCACGGGAGGAGGGGUCGCGGGGUCACACGAGGUCGCACGGACGCAGGUCGGCUGACGACAGGUCGCGCGACGAGCGGCACCAUGCUCACGGGCGGCCGCGUGACGUGCGCGACGACGCGGCACACAGACGUAGGUCGCAUGGGCGCAGCUCGGCCGAUCAGAGGUCGCAGGGUCAGAGGUCGAGGGACGAGCGAUCCCAGGGUCAGAGGUCGAGGGACGAGCGAUCACAAGGUCAGAGGUCGCGGGACGAGCGAUCGCAAGGUCAGAGGUCGAGGGACGAGCGACCGCAAGGUCAGAAGUCGAGGGACGAGCGACCGCAGGGUCAGAAGUCGAGGGACGAGAGGUCGCAAGGUCAGAGGUCAAGAGAUGAAAGAUCGCAAGGUCAGAGGUCACAUUCCUUGGCCCGGAGACGGAGCGGGGGAGAGGAGAGGUUCACUCUGCCCCGACCCGGAGAGUUCAGUGUGAUCCUGUGAUGCUCGCCCGUGCUUCACACAGCACCACCACGCGUCGUGGUCGGUGUACGUGGGAGAUGCUCUGGGGAAGAGUUUCCCAAACUUUCGUCCUCACGAUCCACCCUGCUCCGUCUUCCCAAUGUAACCCCCCCCCACUUCAAAUCAACUCGUGCCACGCUAUAUGCGCCUGAUGAUGGUUGUACAUGCACCUGUACAUACGCGCACGAGAUUCCGAUCUUCAUUUUAAUACUCUAUUAACCGCGGACAGCGUUCAUUGUUUAGCGCGCCACGUGGGACGUUCAACAAUCAACGGACGCGUGCAGCGUGAAACGAGUUAAUUUAAAUGUGGAGUAAAUGGCUUAACGCGGAAUGACGUAGCGUGGUCGGGGGUCGCGAGGACUCAAGUUUGGAAACGACGUAGUGGCUGUACGUGAAGGUGACUGAGGUCACCAAAUGUGUUUUUUUUACAUCUGGACUUUGUUCAAGGGUUUAAAACCUCGCCUCAACAACAACCACCUUGACGACGUGCCAAUGCGCGGGGCUACCCGAGGUGGAGUUCCAUGCUGUAGGUAGAGGUGGGAGAUGCUGUAGAGGACGGGGUGUAGAUAGCUAGAGGGUGUAGGUAUAGGUGGGAGGUGCUGUAGAUUUUAUGGAGGAGAAGGCGCUGGGUACACCCAGACUGAGCAGUAUUCAUUCCUCGACUGACGUCACCGCACGCGUUGUUGCUUUUCGUGACGAUUUCUGCCAAUAAAACUCAACUCGCGGUACACGCGG